ACACGUACCGUGGGAUGUGGUCGCAUGUGUGCAUGCCGGGUCGUCGGGCGGUUUACCGGAGCACGGCGGUAUAAAGGGCGCAUGGUAUCCCACGGGCUGGUCACACAAGAACCAAGCUCCACCACCGCACUCUCGCUCCGACGUCGUCGCGGUCGGCUUGCAUCUUGGCACGUACGUACUCGCCAUGGCUUCGGACCAGCCGUUCGCGAGAGCACUGGCGGCCAUCUGCGUAGGCUUCUUCGUCAUCCUAUGCUGCUCGCCACAAGCGCGAGCCGUGGACUACACGUUCGCCCGGGACGCGACGCGGGCGCCGGCGGUGUCGUACUACGACUACAUCAUCGUGGGCGGCGGCACGGCGGGGUGCCCGCUCGCCGCCACGCUGUCGCAGCGCUUCCGCGUGCUCCUGCUGGAGCGCGGCGGGUCGCCCUACGGCGACCAGCGGGUGGAGAACAUGACCCACUUCACGGCCACGCUCGCGGACACGUCCCCGGGGUCGCCGGCGCAGCGCUUCGUGUCCGAGGACGGCGUCAUCAACUCGCGCCCGCGGGUGCUGGGCGGCGGCAGCUGCAUCAACGCCGGGUUCUACACGCGCGCCAGCGACGAGUACGUGAUGGACGUCGGGUGGGACCUCGAGGCGGCCAAGGCGGCGUACCGGUGGGUGGAGGACGUGGUGGCGUUCCACCCGGAGCUCGGCCCCUGGCAGGGCGCGCUGCAGAGGGGGCUCAUGGAGGUCGGCGUCGCGCCGGACAACGGCUUCACGUUCGACCACAUCGACGGGACCAAGGUCGGCGGCUCCAUAUUCGACGACGAGGGGCGGCGCCACACGGCCGCCGACCUGCUGCGGUACGCGCGCCCCGAGGGCAUCGACCUGCUGCUCCGGGCCAGAGUGGCCAAGAUCCUCUUCAACGUCGGAGGGCGCCGGGCACGGCCGGUGGCGCACGGCGUGGUGUUCCACGACUCCAGAGGGCGGAUGCACAAGGCCUACCUCAACACCGGCGGCCGCAACGAGAUCAUCCUCUCGGCGGGCGCCUUGGGCAGCCCGCAGCUGCUGAUGCUCAGCGGCGUCGGCCCCGCGGACCACCUGCGCUCCUUCAACAUCACCCUCGUGCUGAACCAGUCGGCGGUCGGCCAGGGCAUGGCCGACAACCCCAUGAACGCCAUCUUCGUGCCGUCGCCUUCCCCCGUCGAGGUCUCCCUCAUCCAGGUCGUCGGCAUCACCCAGUUCGGCAGCUACAUCGAGGGCGCCAGCGGCUCCAACUGGGCCAACCCGCGCCACCAGGGCUCCGGUGGCAACCGCCGGCCGCCCCGCAACUUCGGCAUGUUCUCUCCCCAGACUGGGCAGCUGGCCACGGUGCCCCCGAAGCAGCGCACGCCGGAGGCGAUCGCGCGCGCGGCGGACGCGAUGAGCCAGCUCGACGACUCGGUGUUCCGCGGCGGCUUCAUCCUGGAGAAGGUCCUUGGGCCGGCGUCCACGGGCCACCUGGAGCUGCGGAACCUCAACCCGGACGACAACCCGGCGGUGACGUUCAACUACUUCUCGCACCCGGAGGACCUCCGGCGCUGCGUGGAGGGGUUGACGCUCAUCGAGCGCGUCAUCCAGUCCAAAUCCUUCGAGAACUUCACGUACCCCUACUUCUCCAUGGAGGAGCUGCUCAACAUCACGGCGGAGUUCCCCGUGAACCUGCUGCCGCGGCACGACAACGACUCCAAGUCGCUGGAGCAGUUCUGCAAGGACACCGUGAUGACCAUCUGGCACUACCACGGCGGCUGCCAGGUCGGCAGGGUCGUGGACGCCGAGUACCGGGUGCUCGGCGUCGACGCGCUGCGCGUCAUCGACGGCUCCACGUUCAACGCCUCGCCGGGAACCAACCCGCAGGCCACCGUGAUGAUGCUCGGCAGGUAUAUGGGGGUUAAGCUGCGAGACGAGAGAUAUGUGAACUAUGGUCACGGACUAGAAUUCAAUUGGAAUGAGUUGCGCGUCAUUAUUGGAAAGAGGGAGAGCAGCAAGGUCAAGGCAAGGAGGAGGAAGAAGAAGAAGAAGGAAGCAGCUGUUCUGAACAAUCAAGAUUCAGUAGUGAGAUGUCUAAUUAAGCAGUCCAGUUUCAGGGCUCCUCUUUAUUGGCAGGGAGCGUGUGAGGCCAUGUAGCCCCAUUCAGCGCUCUGCCAAAGGAGAGUUGCCCUGUAACUGGGAAUAGCUUAAGGUUCAGAGAUUGUGAGCAUGGGUGUUGAGAGCUUAGCCUCUCACUGCAGUGUGGCACUGGUGAGUGAUGCAAUGGUCUUUGAUCUCUGUAAAUUGAUCAGAUUGCCUCCUUGCUUGUGUCCCCGCAUGUGAAAGGUAAUAUGGUAUCUUACUGAAUGUCUGCAUAUUUGUUGCUCACUGCUAACCUUCUGUAAGAAAAAGGGAAGAACACGGGGCAUCAGCCGGGAGGUGCAGGAGAAAACAGCACGCCGAAAUGCUGAAAGAAACAGAUAUUGCAGCUUCUUUGUGACGACAAGAACCUUUUCGUGGUUCCCAACAGUGGAGACAAUGU